CUUGAAAGGGGCAGCCGAGGACCUCAGCGAUGCGAAAUCCGCGAUACAUUACAUUUGCGCCACCCAUUUCCGGGAAUCCGGGCUUGAUUGCCAGAGAAUUCUCAGUCAAAGAGAGCUUUCGAGGGGAUAAAAGAGAGAGAAUUGCCGCGAUGAUUGAGGCCCAACAACCAGCACAAUUACAACAACACCUCUCGAACAAACUCUCGUUCAAGCACAAUCUCCAUCGUCAAAAUGGUCGGAUUUGAUAUGCGUGGUUUGACCCCGGCUCCGGUCACACCUUUCACUCCAAACGGCACUGUGGACUACGAAGCUAUCCAGCGUCUUGGCUCAUGGCUCGGUGGUAUCGAUGGAGUGAAGGGCCUUGUGGUGCUCGGCCAUGCUGGCGAGGGCACCUUCCUCACCACCGAGGAGCAAGUGUCAGUCAUCAAAGCAUUCGUCAGAUCCGUUGACAACAAAGUCCCGAUCAUUGCUGGUAUCACUAGCGAAGGCACUGAAGUAGCCGCUCUUGAGGCCAAGCGAGCCCGAGAAGCCGGCGCAGCUGCCGGAUUACUCUACCCUUCCCACGGCUGGCUCCGCUUUGGGUACCAGCCCGGUGCUCCUCAAGAUCGGUACCGCCGUGUGUAUGAAGUCUCUGGGCUUCCCCUGAUCCUCUUCCAAUACCCCGACAACACUAAAGCUAGCUACAACUUGCAGACCAUGCUGGAUAUUGCAGCUCAGCCCGGCUGCUUUGCCAUGAAGAACGGCGUGCGGAACAUGCGCCGGUGGGACACGGAAAUCCCCGUCAUUCGGGCUCAACGGCCGGACCUGCAAAUCCUCUCUUGCCAUGACGAGUACCUUUUGCACACUUCAUUCGACGUUGAUGGCUUCUUGGUUGGCUACGGAAACAUUGCUCCUGAGCCCCUCGUCGAACUUAUCAAGGCCGGCAAGGCCAAAGACUACAAGAAGGCACGAGAAAUCCACGACCAACUGUUGCCUGUCACGAAGAGCGUUUAUCACCGUGGAUCUCACAUGGAGGGUACCGUUGCCCUCAAGCAUGCUCUCGUUGCUCGGGGAAUUCUUACUCACGCCACUGUGCGCUCGCCUCUUUUGCCCCUGGAGGAUGGUGCCGAGGAGGAGAUCCAUAAUGCUAUCAAUGCCGCAUCUCUUAGCAAGGUGGUGCUGUGA